AUGUUCUGGGCGGUGACAGGCGCCUUCGCCUUCAUUGUGUUGGCAUGGCUUUGGAGGAUCAACGCGGCAAUGCAGAGUGUGCCUGAAAGCGCACGGCAAGCCUCGCCCCGACGUUGGACAGAGCGGGAGCUCCGCGACACGUACGAGCGCCUCAAACAGAAGCCACUUGACUUUGUCAAGCUCUUACCGCCACGCCUGGACAGGCGGUAUGUCGUCGUUGGCGGAUCUGGACUCGUGGGGGGAGACAUCGUCUUGCAGCUGCUCCAGCGCGGCGAGUCACCGGAGUGCAUCCGAGUUGUCGACUUUGUGCCCCUCAACCGCAGGGACAUGAUUGGAAAGGUCGCCGGAUGUGACUUUGUGAAAGCCGACAUCUCUUCCCGCUCGUCUGUUGACGCCGCCUUCUCCAAGCCAUGGCCCGAGUCCGUCGUCAAGAAGCCCCUGACCGUCUUCCACACAGCAGCUGCUGUCCGGCCCCAGGAGCGCAGCCUGUUGAUCUACCACCGCAUCAGCGCCGUCAACCGAGAUGGCGCCGUCAACGUUCUUAAAGCAUCCCGCGCAGCUGGUGCCGACAUCUUCAUUGCCACCUCGUCCGCCUCAGUCAGCAUCGUCCCUCCUAAGUUUUGGAUCUGGCCGUGGCAGAGAACUCCUGUAAACUACUUGCAGAUCGCCAACGAAAGAGACUUCGACGCUUCUCUACGUCCUCACGACCGAUUCUUCUCCAACUACGCCUACUCCAAAGCCGAAGCCGAGCGCGCCGUCUGCAACGCCAACGAGCCAACCUUCCGUACGGGCACCAUCCGCCCGGGCAACCCCAUCUACGGGCAAAAGACGGAUCCCGUCCUCGGCAUAGUCCUCCGCAUGCGGGACAACGUGACUUGGAUUUCGCACAUCGUCCAAAACUUUGUCAACUCGCGCAACGUCGCCUUGGCUCACCUGCAGUUCGAAGCCGCCCUCGCCCUGCCGAAGGGCAACCCCAACAACGCCAACCCCACCACGACUACGAUGCCCGCCUGCGCCGGCCGCACCUUCAAUGUGACCGACCUCGGCCCGCCCCCAUCGUUUGCCGACGUCUACUGUGCGGCGCAGACGCUGUCCGCCACGCCCGUGCGCGUAACCCAGCAAAACCCUAUCAUGCUUUUCCUCCUGGCGCACGCCAUCGAGGCCUGGUGCCUGUUGUUGGCGCGGCUGCCCUUUCUGACUGCCUGGUUCGGCUGGAGGGAGCCGUCGGGUCCGAUCCACAUGCUCCAGCCUUCGGUAUUUUCCGUGUCGUGUCACACGCUUGUCGACGACAGCUUGGCGCGGAAGAGUGUUGCGGAGGGGGGCAUUGGGUAUCGAGGCGGGUGUACCACGAUUGAGGGCAUUUGCGAGCAGAUUCUGGAGUGGAACCGCGAGAAUGGUAAGGAAGGCAAGGCCGUGGAAGAUGUCGGAGGGGGGGUGGAUGGGACAGUGGCCAAGGCCGCCUUGAAUACUGCCGGGCUGGCGGCGUGA